GGAUAGAAUCAGUGAUUCGCUUUGCGGUAAUUGUCAGAAUCCUUUGUUUACUGGAAAAUGGAGCUGGCUUCGGUUCCUCUCAGCUCAUACUGCUCUGUUUCAGCCGCACGGCCCGCCGCCGCCGCUUCCAGAAGCUUCUCUCCAUCCCUCCCUAUUUUCAGGACUACCGUUCCGAAUAUUUCUUCAUUAUUUGUCGCUUAUAAACCCAAAGGAUUCCUAUUGCCACACGAGAAAUUUAGGUGUUUUUCCCAUACUGCUGGUCUUGAUAAUGCAACAACGGCAGGGAACGUUUCAUCUCAAGAACAUGUGUCGUCUGCUGAGGAACACAUUGCAGAAGGUGGUGCUGUUACUGCAAAUGAUGCAAACCACAAAAAUAGGGAUAGUGAACAAUUGGAUGAGAAUAAAAUGAUUCGCAUCUGCGACAAAUUAAUUGGUGUCUUUAUGGUUGAUAAGCCUGCACCAACCGAUUGGAGGAGAUUAUUAAUUUUUAGCAAGGAAUGGGGCAAUAUUCGACCCCACUUCUACAAGAGAUGUCAGGACCGAGCAGAUAGUGAGAGUGAUCCUGGAAUGCAGCACAAGCUACUUCGGCUUGCAAGGAAGCUCAAAGAGAUUGAUGAUGAUACCCAAAGGCAUAAUGAGCUGCUUGAUGCAAUUAGAAAGUCACCAUCUGAGGUUGGUGAAAUUGUAGCUCGGCGCCGUAAAGACUUCACGAAAGAAUUCUUUGUUCAUCUUAACACCGUGGCAGAGUCGUACUAUGACAAUCCAACAGAACAAAAUGCUGUUGCGAAACUUGGGAAUACAUGCAUAGCUGCUGUACAAGCAUAUGAUACUGCAACGGAAAGUAUAGAAGCGAUAAAUGCUGCAGAGUUGAAAUUUCAAGAUAUCAUUAACUCUCCAUCUGUAGAUGCUGCUUGCCGGAAGAUUGACAAUUUGGCUGAAAAAAAUCAACUUGAUUCUGCACUCGUCCUCAUGAUUACAAAAGCUUGGUCUGCUGCCAAGGAGUCAACCAUGAUGAAAGAUGAGGUUAAAGAUGUAUUGUAUCAUUUAUAUAAAACAUCCAGAGGUAAUCUCCAGAGGCUUAUGCCUAAAGAAAUCAGGAUACUUAAGUAUCUACUAACAAUCGAAGACCCUGAAGAGCGCAUGAGUGCACUAAAUGAUGCUUUCACACCAGGAGAAGAACUUGAAGGAAUGGAUGUCGACAACCUCUACACGACACCAGAACAGCUGCAUACUUGGAUUGGAUCUAUAGUUGAUGCUUACCAUUUCAGCCGAGAGGGCACUCUUGUAAGGGAAGCCAGAGACUUGAUGAACCCGAAGAUUAUCCGGAAACUGGAAGAGUUAAAGAAGGCCAUCCAAGAUAAUUUCAUGUGAGAUCGAAUGCAUAUCGCCUAGCAAUGUAGAGCAAACAGGGUGUGCAUCCAGCAGAGCUCAAGCUCGAUGAACUUAUGGUAAACCGGCUUCUCCUGUGGAAAGCUUGAUAUUUAUCUCCAUAUGUUGCUUGAGGAAGUGCCGGAGAAGACUACAUACAUCGAGCCUCAUGUAAUUUAGUUCGGUCCGGUCAGUUUUUCGGGACAUUCGGUUAGUUCGGUUAACAAUUGGACUUGUUAGCCUGUUAUUGCAUUUUGUACAGUAUAAUUUGUGACAUGAACUUUCAUGUUAAUUCGGUCAAAUAAAGUGUUUAUUUUUAUUACA